CCAAUUUGUAAAACUGCGUCAUCGUUUUUUUUUUUCAAUGUUCUUAACCUUGCUUUAAUUUUCAUUUUCUUUGAAACUAUUUUGUAAUCGAUUAGCUACGCUUUAAUGCGCAUUUCUUUUCAGCUCGGUGCAAUAAUACUUUCAAAAUUUUAGUCCAUAAUCUGGAAUAGAUGUGGAUUCCAAACUCGUCCUAUUUUUACCAGCGUCUUAACUGAACCGCUUUUAAAUACAGUUACGAAUACCGCUUUGAACCAGUCCGCUUUUGUUCAACAUUAAAUGAUUAUUCCCCUAAUACCAGACGCACUUUUUAAUACCUUUAAAAAUAUUUUUUUUUGCUUCAAGCAAUUAGAAAAAGUGUCCUGGGCCCUCAUGUUUAUUCCCCCACUUAGCAAAAAGAUAAUUCAAAUCUGAAAAAGCUUUUGUUCAAACUUGAUAAAAUUGGAAGUGUUUUAAAAUUGGUUCUUUGAAGGAAAAAUUUUACCUUAAUUAAAUUAUACUGCAGACUUUGUCGAGUCAGAUUAGCAUAAAUUAUUCACAGAUUCACGUUGACUUCAACAAUUAACCAUCAAUUUUAACUAAUAGCAAUUCGAAUAGAAGUUUCCACAACAAAGAACUGAAAAUGAGCGAAAAAAAUCCAGUUCGAAAAAACCGUCGGGUUCUGAAACAAGUUUCGCUUGACGAAUCGAGAGCCGAACCAGUUUGGCCCAAUUUCUCCGAAUCGAUUCGACCGCGAGACGAAAUAACGAAGACGCACUCAAUUCUCAAAACUGGCGACUCAAGAGGACUUUACGAGAUGACUGAGAUUGAUUCGCCAACGAAGACGAAUCGGAGACUCGAAACGAUGAGCCCAAAGCAAAAGAAGAUCAGUGUGCACACGAAACGCAGAGAGUGGGCAAGAGUCAAACGACAAAUUGAAUCCAAAGAUUCAAAAUCAUCGACCCAGUCCUCGAAUUCCAACAGAACUGAGACGGGAAUACCAGAGGACCCCGUGGAACAAUCAGAUGUCAAAGUUGUCGGCUCGGAGAGGAAGAAAUCUGCAGGGGUCCACGGGAGUUUCAAAUCGUGGUUUGGGGGUGUGAAGUGGGCUCGUAAAGUGCUGCUAGAUCUGGAUGCGGAGGGGGAGUCGGAGGAGGAUGAGCCCCCCUUGACUGCAUACACUCGCAGACUGAAGAUGAUGCACGAGAAGGGACCCUUCGAUGACAUUCAGGACGACGACUGGAAGAAGCAGUGGCGUCGGCGGGGACAGCGGAGGACAUUCGGGGUGUUCUACUUUUCGCUGGCCGUCUUCGUCUCUGUUUGCAUCAGUGUCUUCAUCCUCCUCGGCCUCUUUCCGUCUCCCCCCUCUCAAACUGCCACCCGUGGAACACUCCCGAGCCAUGGAAACUCCAGGAACGGAUAA